AUGCCUGCCGGGCUGAGUGGGCGCGUCACCCGUGAAGGGUGGGGCGACCGCGUCGCUGUCAUCGACGAGGAAGUCGAGCGAAGUUGGGGUAGACGGACCUGCAGACGUAAGUCUCUUCUUGAGGUAAUUAAGCAGACAGUGCUAGACCAUCUGACAAAGAAAUGUCCUCCACAUGUCCAGGUUGUUGGACUCCUUUGCCAGACUGAAAAGAAAGAGAGCAGGCAUGAAUUGUUGCGCCGUGUAGCUGCUGGUGGAGGUGUUUUUAAGAACGAUAAAGGUCUUAAGUGCCAAAUUCCUGGGGCAAAUCUUAGUGACAUUGCAAAUCAGGCAGAUGAUCUACUAGAGUCAAUGGAAUCUAGGGACACCAUUCCUGAUCGAAAACUUCUUGCAAGACUAGUUAUAGUAAGAGAAGAAGCUCGGAAUAUGAUGGGAGGUGGCCUGUUAGAUGAGAGAAAUGAUCGUGGUUUGACUACCCUCCCUGAGGCAGAGGUAAACUUUUUGAGCAAGCUCGUUGCUCUUAAACCUGGGAAGGCUUUGGAAAGGAUGAUAAAGGAUGUUAUGAAUGGCAGAGGGGAAGGUGCUGAUAACAUUGAACCAAGUGCUGCUUCGCAUUCUGAACAGGAGAGUCUAACUGGAGUAUUAGGAAGGGGAAGUGUAUCUGGCCACAAGCCACGGCCAGUCCGCCCUGGAAUGUUCCUUGAGACUGUUUCCAAGGUCCUGGGUGGCGUAUAUGCAAGUAACACAUCUGGCAUUACAGCUCAACAUCUGGAAUGGGUACAUCAAACAACACUCAAAAUUCUUCAGGAAAUGGCCUUCUAG